CUCACCGAGCCCGUUUCCCUGGAGACUCGGGAGCGUGCCCUCUUUUCUCUUUUCCCUCAAAUCUGCCCGCUGUCUUUUUCCUCCACAACGGCAUCCCGUAUCCGCCACCCCAGCCUUGUGCCUCCUCAGACAUCUGAAGUUAGGGUUCUCCACCAGGGUCUUCCCUGGGCGGCGUCUGGACUCUCCUUACUGCUUGCAGGAGUUGGGCGAUCUCUUUUUCCUCUCUUCUUUCAAUUUGCACUUCAGGUUUGGGCACACACCCCUCCCAAUGCACACACACCCCUUUUCCUCUGGGGCCAUGGGAAUUCCUUGCCACGCCCCGGGCGUGACUUUUUGUCAACUUUUCACUUUCCGCCACUUUGAUGGUGAGAUCCGGGUCGUCGCCAUCUCUUUAUAGGCCCCUCCAGCCGCUUGCCCCUUCCCUGACCAGGUCUUUGGAGCGGAAAGGGUUUCCCCUCAAUUUCCAGAAGAGAUGGGGAGCAGAAGAGGGAAGGAAUCUCGCUUUUGAGAAAUACGUGUUUAAGGUUCAGUGCAGUGUUCUGAUGAAAAUAAAAGGGGAACCUGAUUUGAGAUCAAUUCUUGGAGAACACAAAGAAGUGUGGUGGUAUGUUCCAGGGUUGAACCAGCUGCCCUUUGACCCUGCCAACAACAACGAGCCCCUGCAGUUUGGCAGUACCAGUGGCCCUCUGGUCACAGAAGGCCUCAUUGAGAAUGGAGGGGAGUCAAGCAAGAAAAGAAAGAGAACAAAUGCUCCUUCAGCUGAUAAUAGUAGAACUCUGAGUGUGGAUUCCACUACAAUGACACUACCUAUGUCUGAUCCAACUGCAUGGGCCACAGCAAUGAAUAAUCUUGGAAUGGCACCGCUGGGAAUUGCCGGACAACCAAUUUUACCGGACUUUGAUCCUGCUCUUGGAAUGAUGACUGGAAUUCCACCAAUAACUCCAAUGAUGCCUGGCCUGGGAAUAGUACCUCCUCCAAUUCCACCAGAUAUGCCAGUAGUAAAAGAGAUCAUACACUGUAAAAGCUGCACACUCUUCCCUCCAAAUCCAAAUCUUCCACCUCCUGCAACCCGAGAACGACCACCAGGAUGCAAAACAGUAUUUGUGGGCGGCCUGCCUGAAAAUGGUACAGAGCAGAUCAUCGUGGAAGUGUUUGAGCAGUGUGGAGAGAUCAUUGCUAUUCGGAAGAGCAAAAAAAACUUUUGUCACAUUCGCUUUGCUGAGGAGUACAUGGUGGACAAAGCCCUUUAUCUUUCUGGUUACCGCAUUCGCCUGGGCUCUAGCACUGACAAAAAGGACACAGGUAGGCUUCAUGUUGAUUUUGCACAGGCUCGAGAUGACCUGUAUGAGUGGGAAUGCAAACAGCGUAUGCUUGCAAGAGAGGAACGCCACCGUAGAAGGAUGGAAGAAGAAAGGUUGCGCCCACCAUCCCCACCUCCAGUGGUCCACUAUUCAGAUCAUGAAUGCAGCAUUGUUGCUGAAAAACUAAAAGAUGAUUCCAAAUUCUCAGAAGCCGUGCAGACCUUGCUCACCUGGAUUGAGCGAGGAGAGGUGAACCGUCGCAGCGCCAACAACUUCUACUCCAUGAUCCAGUCGGCCAACAGCCACGUCCGCCGCCUGGUGAAUGAGAAAGCUGCCCAUGAGAAAGACAUGGAAGAAGCAAAGGAGAAGUUUAAGCAGGCCCUUUCUGGAAUUCUCAUUCAAUUUGAGCAGAUAGUAGCUGUGUACCAUUCCGCCUCCAAACAAAAGGCUUGGGACCACUUCACAAAAGCCCAGCGUAAAAACAUCAGCGUUUGGUGUAAACAAGCUGAGGAAAUUCGCAACAUACAUAAUGAUGAAUUAAUGGGAAUCAGGCGAGAAGAAGAAAUGGAGAUGUCUGAUGAUGAAAUAGAAGAAACAACAGAAACAAAAGAAACUGAGGAAUCAGCCUUAGUAUCACAGGCAGAAGCUCUGAAAGAAGAAAAUGACAGCCUCCGUUGGCAGCUUGAUGCCUACCGGAACGAGGUGGAACUGCUAAAGCAAGAACAAGGCAAAGCCCACAGAGAAGAUGACCCAAACAGGGAACAGCAGCUGAAACUCCUGCAGCAAGCCCUGCAAGGAAUGCAACAGCAUCUACUCAAAGUCCAAGAGGAAUACAAAAGGAAAGAAGCUGAACUUGAAAAAAUCAAAGAUGACAAGUUACAGGUGGAAAAAAUGUUGGAAAAUCUUAAAGAAAAGGAAAGCUGUGCCUCUAGACUGUGUGCAUCGAGCCAGGAUAGUGACUACCCUCUGGAGAAGACCCUGAACAGCUGUCCUAUCAAAUCUGAACGCGAAGCACUGCUAGUGGGGAUUAUCUCCACAUUCCUUCAUGUCCACCCAUUUGGAGCAAGCAUUGAAUAUAUCUGCUCCUACUUGCACCGUCUUGAUAAUAAGAUCUGUACCAGUGAUGUGGAAUGUCUCAUGAGCCGACUCCAGCAUACCUUCAAGCAGGAAAUGACUGGAGUUGGAGCCAGUCUGGAGAAGAGAUGGAAAUUCUGUGGCUUUGAGGGCUUGAAACUGACCUGAAUCCCUUUGCCUGACAACCUGGGAUCCUGAAAAUAAAUGUGUGUUGGACAAGCUUAGAAAGUGAUUUGUAUUUUCAAUCAUUUUCAAGUGGAAAUUGCUUUAAAUUUGUCAAUUCAUUCCUGGAAUAUCUUUUGAGUUAAAAUAAGGAUCCUAGAGCAGCACCUCAAGCUACAGGCCCUAUAAAGAAAUUGACUCAAACCUCAAGUGCUGUAACUUCCUCCUUUUCUGUCAAUUGGUUGUCUCUUUUUAUUAGUAGUAUUUAAAAAGGCCUGAGGCUACAGAGUAUUUGGGGUGUUUUCAGUGUCUGUACUACUGUUGUAGACUUUAGUAUUUUUUAAACACUGUUAACCGAAAUGUUUUGAUGAUUUAUAUGUGAUUUGUGUUUCAGAACUUCUCUUCACAUUAAUGUUGCUAGUGGUGAGAGGAAUGAGAGGAGCACUAGGGACUCCAUAACUGACAUUGUCUUUCCAAUUCCCAGUAGGCCAGUAAGUGAAUAACACAUCAGUGUCUUCUAGAAGGUGCUUGACCAGGUUCACCUUUUAAAAGACAAAGCAUGGUUUGUGGCUUUUUACAAAAUUACUGUGAACGAAAAGUUGACAAAUGUUUCAAAGUUAUUUUCUCUAAUGUAUCAGAUAAAAGGUUUAUUUCAGAAUUUAAAAAAAAAAGCUAGAUGUAUUCACAGAAAACAAGUGUCCAGUAUGACUGGCAUGUGUAUGUGGUAUUCAGAAUCACCUUGUAAAUAGCCUGCUUUUAAAGGAGGGCAUGUUUAGUUUUCUAUGAAUUAAAACACACGUGUGUGCUCACACACACACACACACACACACACACACAUACACAUUAGCAGAAGGGAUUUAUUUUGAUAUGCUUCCCCUCUCGUCUUCUUACAAAGUCUGGUGGUCCCUUUUCUUCUGCUGUCAGUGUGUUGAAUUGCAAACCAUGUACUGCUGUAAAUACUAUGUUUACUUCAUGCUGAAUGUCUGCAAAGAGUUGAUAUGAGUAUUAAUAGAAAAUUCCUGGUAAUGAAUAAAUAGUGGGCUAGGGUGUGUGAAGCUUUGCACAAAUAGGUCGGCUCCACCUGGAGUGCUGAGAACUGGGACUCCUCCAGUUCUGCGGUGCCCAUCCGCAGAUUACAAUGGCAGAGUGUGCGUGGACCAGUCAGGAAGUCCUGGUUGAUGGAAAAGAAAUGGAAAGGAUGAGAACUGGGGACUAAUUUCCUGAGGCAGAGAUGGUCUUUUCUUCUGUGGUGUUGGUGGUGCUUGUAAUAACAUAAGCAUGCCCUCCCUUGAGUCUUGAUUGAAAAUAAGAGAAUGUACUAAGUAAGCAAAGCCAGUGAAGAGUAUUUCACAAAAAUACUUUGUAAAUCAGAUGUCAGUAGUGUUCAAAGUUGUAUUUUUAAAAGAUAAAUAUUCCUUUUUUAUACCUCA